GUGACUUCGACUCUCACUUCUCUAGAGCAAAGAUAGAAUCAUCGGCUACUUUACUCUCGGACCCUCUCACGAUUUCUGCAUAUUCCUUCCUGCAGCACUGAGUAGAAGUCUCUGGGCCUUGUCUGUGUCACACGAAACCUUGGUCCUGAUGUCUCCCAAAAGGCCGAAUGAACACUCUUCUGAGGAUCGUCCGUUUCGUGAGAGAAAGAAACAAAAGCUCAAUGCUGCUCGUACCAUAGACGUGCAAGGCUCUUCGGGCCCAUUGAAUGCGAAUCCGACUGCUGGCCCAGGUCCAUCGCGCUCGAAAGCGGUUCGAUUUGACAGUAGUAAGGGUCUCCCAUCGUCACUAGAGGUAGAGAAGUUCACCGAGGCCCGUGCAUUCGAGAUCGGUGCUAUGCAACGAGCUAUGAAGAACGCAAGUUCUGCGUCAACUCAUCGCGCUUGGCAGGAGCUUCCUCGUAAACUUCGACGCAGGGCUGCCAGUCACGACGUUCGUCGUGUCCCUGCUCGACUAAGGGGCAAAGCUCGUGCAGAGAUGGACCCGAUGCGCCGCAAGAUAUUAGGAAGAAAGCUUCCCAAGCUUGGGAAGGCGCGACAAGAAAGUCGUGCAGAUAUCUUUGAACGACGUCAAAAGGAUAAGAAAUGGUUGGAAUCGCACCUGUGGCACGCUAAACGAAUGCACAUGGAGAAUAUGUGGGGUUAUCGAUUGGCCAUCCAACCGACCGAAAAGUCGUUUCGCCCCUCUCACCGUGCCUCUGUCCAUGACUCCAUCCUGCACGACGCUUCUUACAACGCCCUCAUCGAACUCAAAGGAGCUCAAGUUGUCCUCAAGUCUUUGCUGGAGGCCGUUUGUGACCUCCGAGGCCAAGGUCCAGGAGCGAGGAGGUACAUCACAGGCGCUCGCACCUGCGAUAUAAAGAUGUACAGGCCUAGACAAUAUCCUUUCGGUUUCAUAGGCCCCGUGGUUGUUAUGUGGCGACCGAGGGAACGAGGCGCUGCACAGAACGAGGAAGGAGCUGACGAGGGCGAGCAUCAUGCGCCAACUGAGAAAUCCCUGGAGGCAACCCAGAAGAAGCCGAGACGCAAACGCGGGAAGAAGAAACAAGAUGUGCCUGAGUCUGCACCACAACCUGUCACGCCGCUCGCAGAGGAAGACACAGAAAGGACCGUAUGGGUCCGGUGCCACCCAUCUAUCUUCACGGACGUCCAUGUCGCACUCAAGCUGGCCUUAUCGUUGACCUUGCAAGACCUCAAGUCAAACGCGAAGUCUUCAAACAAACAUUACGAGGUUGAAGUCACUGAUUUGUGUGACUCGGUCAACGUAUUCGAAAUUAUGGGGCCGAAGUCUAGUCAGAUUAUCAGAGGAGCAUUCCGUCCUGUUAUGGACGGGGAGAGAGCCGAGCUGAAGGAGUUUUGGAAAGCACUCAAGGACCUACAAUCACCAGGCUCCGUCCCUAAGAACAUGACAAUCGGGUUCGAAAUCCAUGACCCACGCCUCAACUUUCCACCAAAAAACGCAAAAGUGCAUGUCUCCUCCUCUCGACUACCCAGCAUCCCCGCCCCAUGGACCUGCUUCCCUACCGCUUCCCUCUCCACCUCUGAAUUGUGGAACCUGGACAAACGCAAGAACCUUCAAAUCCCACGGUUCAAGAAGAAAGAGCUCGAUGCGAGACGAUCGCAGAACGCCGUCCCGGGCACGCCACUCAACCCUACCUCGUCGGACAGCAAGAUACCUAUCAUCGUGAUCCAACGGUCACUUUCGUCGUCGAACUCUCCGUCAUCGCUCUCCAACGCCUUAAGUGCCACAUCUUUCGCAUCGUCAUCCUCUCACCCUGCUCUGCAUGGCUGGACAAUCAUGUUUCCGCGCGGUUGGUCCAUCCCAUUCCUGACAUCUCUCGUCUACACAGGCACUCGUGUCUCGGGCCAACGCGAAAUCCAACAUCAGCACUUCGAGUCGUCUGUUCCGUUCUUCCCUAGGGACUUUCCGUUUUCUGGCGAAGCGUACGAGGAGUUUAGGAAGAAGAGGGCGACGGAAGAGAAGGAGAGGUGGGAGAGAAAGCCAAAGGCCAAGAGGGCGAGCUGGGAGAAGCUGGGAACUAGGAGUGCCUGGAGAGAGGACUGGGAGGUGGUUCUUGGGCUUGAGGAACCCAAGAGUGGAUCGCAGGACGAGGAUGAGGAUAAAGGUGAAGAUGGUGAUGAGAUGGAUGUCGACAAGCCGGGAUUAAUGCCGACUCAGCGGGAGGCGCCCAAUGCUCAAUCCAAACCGCAGGCUCAAAACAGUAACGUCCGACCCUGGCUCCUGCAAGGCUCUGAAGUUCCAGCUAUUCUCACCACCGCCUUUCAAUCCCUCAAUCCCUCUUUUUCUCUGCUUACCUCAAUCAAACAACUCCGCAGCAAACGUGGCAUGGACCCUAUUCCACCGUCCUCUGUCUCCGUUAUUCCCGCCAGAUCAACCACAUCUAUCUCAGAAGGUGCACUGGCUGACGACUUGAUGAGCGGCGCUCUCGUGCAAAUCCGCCUGAAUAUGUUGGGCCGUGGGUGUCCGGAGGAUCUUGCAAUAAUCUAUGACGUGGAUGAAAAAGAGGCGAGGAAAUGGGUUAUUGCGUCUAGGAAGGCGAAAAGGGGCCAGGAUUGGGAUAUGGAUGGUGAACAAAACACAACGCAGUUGUCUGAGGGGAUACCAUCUCAAGGAGAUAUAAUCGGCUACGUCACAAGCGGAAACUACUCACUCUCUCGUGGAGAGGCGUUCGCCAUCGGAUGCAUACCCCUAGUAAAGCUGCUCGAGCUCAAACAGAGAGCACAGAAGUUAAAGCUAGAGGGAAUGAUGGUCAAAGUGCGAGAUCGGGGUGAGACCAUCUGUAGAGCUGCAUGGGUCGAAGUAUUGGGGGUGUAG